UCUCGCCAACCCUCGCGAAAUUCCGCGCGAACCAGCCCCGAGCCGCGGCCGCCCUUAAGCUUCGCAGAGAACGCGGAGCACCGUGAACCGGAAGUUCGGGCCGGAGCAGUCGCGAGACACGUGUUUCGCGCGCGGCACGUCGCGAAGCCGAGGAUCGUUCGAUGGAAUUGUGGCGAGUGAGUGGUCGUUCGAAGUUUCUUCUGUGAUUCGUUCAGAUUCGUGUUGAAAUUCGCGUGUUGUGUGCACGUGUGUCUGUCUAUCUGUCUGUCUGUUUGUCUGUCUGUGCGUUACGUUCUCGAUUCCGUCGUGAAAGUGUUUAACUGAAAUUCGAAAACACUUGUCAAGUUACGAAGUUGCGAAGAAAUAGUCGCGCGCGCGCGUGUGUGCGUUUGUGUGUUUGUGCGCGGUGCUGUGAAAUCGAAGAAAAAUUGCUUCGGUGGCUGUCGUUAAUGGCUGCCUGUUGAUCGAUCGCAGAUCGAAGAAGCUGUUACGACCGAACCGAUAUCACGAUCAACUUGAGAACCAAAGCAGUCACCAUCGGCAGAAGAUGGUGAUCCAAGAGGAAUCCAUCGAUUUUCAUAAAUUUAUUCAAAAACUAAAGAUAGAGAUGACGUUCGAAAUUCACGAAGACUAACGAAAGAAAACAAACAUCCCUCUAGAGAAAUCAGCACGUGCACGAUCCGAUGGAUUAGCCAAAGAAGACGGAGAAGCAAGAAGACGCGGUCGCAGAUGCCAGCGGUGUCGUGCAGCGAGUAGAGGCAAGAAAUUCCUAGAUCAGCCGUUUUCAGCGAUGAUCGGCUCGUCGACGCCAACGAUCGGUCGCGCGGAUCCUUACGAGGCCGUGGUCGAUACCUGCUACGAGGACCUUUUGCUGUUCGCCAACGACAGCGGCGUGCUCUGCGAAGGUUCCCGAUUCGCCGUGUCUGCGGUACUCAACGACACCGAUUUGGAUGGCGAAUCGGUGAACGGAACAGGUCUGGAUGUCGACGUCGACGGUUUGAAUAAUUGGUGGGCUAUGUUAGCUCUGGUGUUGGUCCUGGGCACCGCUGCUGGCAAUAUUUUGGUCUGCCUGGCUAUCGCCAGGGAAAGGCGACUUCAAAACGUCACCAAUUACUUCCUGAUGAGCCUGGCGAUCACGGAUCUGUUGGUCGCUGUGCUCGUGAUGCCUCUUGGGAUUCUUACGUUGGUCAGAGGAUACUUCCCUCUGCCGUCAGUUUACUGCCUCGCGUGGAUCUGCCUGGACGUAUUAUUAUGUACGGCGAGCAUCAUGCACUUGUGCACCAUAAGCGUGGACCGGUACCUGAGUCUACGGUACCCGAUGAAAUUCGGCCGGAAUAAAACCAGGCGGCGGGUCAUGCUGAAAAUCAGCUUCGUCUGGGUACUGAGCAUCGCCAUGAGCCUGCCUCUCAGUCUCAUGUACUCGAAGGAAGACGACUCCGUGCUGGUGGACGGCGCGUGUCAAAUACCGGAUCCUCUGUACAAGUUGAUCGGCAGCAUAAUCUGCUUUUACAUACCACUGGGCGUGAUGUUGCUUACGUACGCUUUGACAGUCAGACUGUUGGCGAAGCAGCAACAGAAUAUAGGAGGAACUGCAGGUUGGUCCUCCGGAUGGCUGGGUGGCCCGCAGGGCCCACCCUCGGGAGGUUUAGACAGACGAGGGACCUGGAAGCGGUUCCUAUUGAGUAAAAGCUCGGCCGGAAGCGGCGGUACGCCGCAGCACACUUCCGGUACGUCGACCGACACCGAGCUGACAACGCUGGACACCCACGAACUCUGGCUUCCGGAAAGCGAACCGCCGCCGUCGGCGAUGUUCGCGCUUCACGCCUUUGGCGCCGAAAUGCUCAAGUUAUCCAGAGGUUUGGAGGGCAUCGCCAGCCCCGGAAGCCCCACUCCUAUGGGAACGCCAAGGUCCACGCCUCAACACUCGCUCCAGCAUCAUCAGCAACAGCAACAAUUGCAUCGGUGCAGCUUUCGACACGGGAGCGGAGAAAGCGGAAGCAGCGCGUCCGGUUCUCGAACGAGCCUCUCGAUACCGGAAGACCUAAGCUCGCCCACCCCGUGGAAGCAUCGGCGACGCGCGUCCACCUUCAACGAGGCUCAUUUGGAACGAGCGGAAUCGGGUUCGCCGAGAACACCCAGGAAACGAUCUUUCAGCUUCCACGAGCAGCCAGUGUUCGGCCGCGGUUCCGUUUCGCGGAAGAACUCGUCGAACGAGGAAACCUCGAGCACGCAGAGGAAAUCGAGCGAUAAACAGGAAGGCGAAAUCGCGUUACCACCGCCGUGUACCUGCCCCUAUUUCGGCGAAUCGUCCAAAAGACCACCUCCGCAACCAUCCAGCGAGAUCGUGAUCGUUUCCAGCGAUACCAUGAAGCCAAUCUCGGGGAAGAAUCUGGAGGCUGCGUUUCUCGGUAGAAGCAACAGCGGUAGAACGGAGGCGAGCAGAAGCUACGAGCCAAAUUCUAUCGUCACGUGGAGGAGCGGCAGAAGAGGAUCUAGUUUAGGGAACACAAGAACCGCGCUAUUGACCACAAGAGGUGGUCCGAUCCGGCGUGCAGCGACGAUGCGUGCUCAUAACGGAGCAGCGAGCAUCAGCUCUAAGCAAAGCAGCAAUUCAUCCUCGCCGUGUCCGCACAGAUACUCAGGGCCAGUUCGUAGCCACCAUUCGAGAACCAGCAGCGUUGUUUCGCGAAAUAGCUCGCGACACGGAAGGAUCAUCAGGCUGGAGCAAAAAGCCACGAAAGUUCUAGGCGUCGUUUUCUUCACGUUCGUGGUCCUCUGGGCGCCGUUCUUCGUCCUCAAUUUGAUACUAGCCGUGUGUCCCAACUGUGAAAGGCAGAUCAAUCACAAGAUCUUCGAUUUGGCUACUUGGUUGGGCUACGCCAGUUCUAUGGUCAAUCCUAUCUUCUACACGAUCUUCAACAAAGUCUUCCGGCAGGCCUUCAAGAAAGUGUUGCUCUGCAGAUACAGAAAUCAAAGCUGGAGGCCAUCCAGGUAGGCCUUUGGCCCCGGGAGACCGGGGAUCGCCGUCACCAGGGUUUAAAGUCGUUGAUAAACGUCGACUUCCGGUAGCACCGGAAGCGGAGGAACCGUGGUUGACCGGCCGUGCUUUCUCAACGAAUUACGAGCCACGGUGAAGCUUUGGUUGUUUCAUGAUCGCAGAUAAACUGAAGAAGAUUUUGUGAAAAUCUGGAUAAUAUAUAUAUGUGUGUGUGUGUGUGUGUUCGAAGCUUCUGUGAAAGUUUAGAGUCAAAAUGAAACGAGGAUUCCAUUGAAUUAAAACGAGUGGAAGAGUCGCGAAGCGAAGCGAAAAGAAAUUAUCGAGAAAAUGCAGUUCGUUCCUAGUUGCAACAAGUGAUGUUUAGUGAAUUGUGAAGUAUGAUAGAAAGAUGUUUUCGAUAUAAUAUAGUCACGAACCAUGGUCGAGCAGUUAGAUCGUUUGAUUGUGGAGGAAAAAGUGCAGAAGCUUUUUCGUAAAAAGCUUUAAUAAUUUGGGAAAAAUACGGAAUCGAGGAAGGUAGGAAAAUUGAAGCGAGUACGUCGUUACAAGCUGCAGUGAGUGAUACUUUGCGAAAAAUAAGUUCUGUUUGUUUUCAAAUAAAAUAAUUACGAACGACAGUGAAGGUUAGAUUGAUUCUUGAAGAAAAACCGAAGAAGCUGUUAUAAAAUCUUAGAUAAUCGAAAAACGAAAAAUAUUGAAUCGAAGUGAGAUAUUUGAAGUUCCAGCGAGUGACGUUCAGUAAAGUUAUAAAGAACGAUACAAAGAAUACUCUUUCUUCCUUUUGUUAAUAAAAUAAUUCAAGAGGCUUACGUAGAUCGGAUAACGCGAAGACAGGUGUACUUAAAAUGAAGAGUUUCCAACGAAACUCCUAAGUGAACUACACGAACUGCAAUAAACGUUCCUUCCUUCUGUAGACGGUGCUCCCGCGAGAUCGGAAAUCGGAACACGCGAGACGAGCAAUUUAGAUUAAGGACUUUAACGAUAAUCGACUUGUUAAGGCAGAGUUUCGACGAUUAAGGUUUCCAAUGCGAGUUGAACGCUUCAUCUUCCAAAAGCGGUUCGACGAGCCUUCGCGACAUCGAUAAACGAAACUACAAUACUUGACCGAACUAGGGUUAAAAGAAGCGAGACGAGAGGCUAGUAGAAGAGCUUCCCUAAAUGCGCGACAUAAAACGAGCUCAAAUCUUCCGCCUGACAUUCAUCUGUGUGUGUCGUAAUUAAAUGACGGCGACUUCCACUCAAUCACUUCCACCCGUUCAUCCCCGUACAACAUCUUUGCUCGUUCCGUGCGAUUCUUAACACUGUGGACGUUUAUGCAAAUGAAUAUUUUUCUAAACGUCAUCAACGAUACGGAACCCAAGUAGACGUUUCUUUUAUCCGUUUGUUUCAUAACGAGUACUAUAUUUUCGAUAUUUUAUAUAGGACGUAUUUUUGCAUUUUACGUGUAUUCUGUGAGUUUCCACGUUCUUCAACGUUUCGUGCGUACGCAUAAAAGGCGGCAGUUUAUUAAUAAAGAACGACGAACGCGUUAGGUCGUAACGUAAGUAAUUCGCGAUCUUCGUUACGAUUUCCCGGUGGAAACGAGGCGCUGUUGCUCGAGAACCUUUCAGCUAACGAAUUAAGGUCAUUGUCCAUUUAACGACACAGCAAACGAACACCAACAGCUCGGUAUUAAAUACUUGGUAUUCUUGUACAUAGUCUAACCCUUUCGCUACUAAUGGCCACUGCCGUGGCCUUUCGCAAACUUAUCUCUGCGUACGAAUGGCCAUUAUAAUGCACAGCUGAAGCAAAUGUACUGCGAACAGUAGGUAAGAUAACAUUAGGUUAUGUCGUAAGCAAUGCGGUUCUCUUGCCAACUAUCCGUUGGUAAUAGGUUUGCUGCGUAAUAAA